UAAUGAUAUUAUGGUUUACAUAUUGUGUGAGUAAUAAUCCUUAAUCAGUUUAUGGGUUGUGUUGGGUUGGGUGGCUCAAAACAAUGCUAACCCUCAACCUCACUCCUCUUCCUUCCUCGUUCUCUGUUGCAAAUUGCCCACUGUUUAUUCAGAAAACACAGUUAUUGAUUCCUUCCAAUCUUAGUUACUCCUUUUCUGCUACAGAAACCAGAAAGUUAAAGACUUUUCAGCUCAAGGCUGGAUUUUGGGAGUCAAUUAAAUCUGGGUUGAUUAAGAACAACACCACACAAGUUGUUGAUCCACCCAACGUAGAUGAAGAAGAUGAAGAACCUUUGCCUCAAGAGUUUGUCCUUGUUGAAAAGACUGAACCUGAUGGAACAAUUGAGCAAAUAAUAUUCUCUUCAGGUGGAGAUAUUGAUGUUUAUGACCUUCAAGCUCUCUGUGACAAGGUAGGGUGGCCACGGAGGCCAUUGUCGAAAUUAGCUGCUGCUUUAAAAAAUAGCUAUAUUGUAGCCUCAUUGCAUUCUGUAAGAAAGUCUCCAGGAUCAGAGGGGAAUGAACAAAAGAGAUUAAUCGGCAUGGCUCGUGCUACUUCAGACCAUGCCUUCAAUGCCACAAUUUGGGAUGUCCUAGUUGAUCCUGGUUACCAGGGCCAAGGUCUUGGUAAAGCUCUUGUAGAGAAACUGAUUCGAGCUCUUUUGCAAAGGGACAUCGGCAAUAUAACUCUGUUUGCAGAUAGUAAAGUUGUGGAUUUCUACCGGAAUUUAGGUUUUGAAGCUGACCCUGAAGGCAUAAAAGGCAUGUUUUGGUACCCAAAUUACUAAUGGCAACCAUUGAUUAACUUUGCAACCAAUGUGUAUGCAAGUUUAUGUCUUGAUUUUAUAAUAUGAAAUUACACAGAAUUGACAUCAAUUUGUAAUUAUUAUUAUUGCGUUAGGCGCUAGUAUUUUUCCUUUUUAUAUCCAAAUUAUUUGAUUAAAGAAUUAGAUUCACAUAUAAAAACUUGAGUAUUUACUUUGUACUUGAAAAAAAAAUGUGACAAUGUUGGUUAUCUCUUGGUGCCUAUUAGUAUUUGGUUUGGGAGUAAAAGAGGGUGAAAAUUUCAUUAAU